CGUAUAUUUGAAUUCGCUGACAUCGAUGGUGUUGGUAUCCUUGAUGAAGAAGAAGUUCGCAAUAUCCUAGAUUCUAUAGGCAUAGAAUCCAAUGUUGUAAUUGACGCCUUCUUCCAACGAAUGAAAAAGAAGCUCUAUGAGGGCAUAACGUGUCGUGAGUACUUGACCCUAGUUCGUCAGCUGUAUCCUGUCAGAGAGAAGCCACGUAAUCCCAUUCCAUUUUGGCGCUUGUUUGCUCCCAAAAGGUCUAAUCUUGACUUAGAAUAA